GAUGUAACGAGGCCAGGCUCGCGCCGCUUUCCCUCUCUCCACACUAAGUCCUUCCCCUCCCGCGCCCCGCGCCGCGCGCACAGCCGCGCCGCCGCUCCGCUCACACCGCCCUGGGGACCGACGGGCACUGCCGGGAAAGACACUCUCCCACGUUCCACCCCCUGGAUGCAGAGCCAGUGGGGAAAACCAGGCUUUCCUCCCAGAACCGAGGGAGCCAGCCGAGGGGACAGCUGCUGUGGUUUCUGAGGAGACUCCAGACUGGCCUCUUUCCCCACUCCCUGGAGACGACGGCAGGACCCUCAGAGGAGAGGAAGGCUACUCCCUGGCCAGCAAGCAGCCCCCAACCUGGAUGGAGUGAAAGAUGCGGCCUGAUGACAUUAACCCGAGGACUGGGCUGGUGGUGGCCCUGGUCAGUGUCUUCCUGGUCUUUGGUUUUAUGUUCACUGUCUCUGGGAUGAAAGGGGAGACUCUGGGAAACAUCCCCCUCCUGGCCAUCGGGCCAGCCAUCUGCCUGCCAGGCAUUGCGGCCAUUGCCCUGGCUAGGAAAACCGAGGGAUGCACCAAGUGGCCGGACAAUGAGCUGCUGUGGGUCCGCAAAUUGCCCUGCUUCCGAAAGCCCAAGGACAAGGAGGUGGUGGAACUGCUUAGGACCCCUUCAGACCUGGAGUCGGGCAAGGGGAGCUCCGAUGAGCUGGCUAAGAAGGCGGGCCUCAGGGGGAAGCUUCCCCAACAGGGGCAAGGUGAAGUGCCUAUGGCCAGCUCCAUCACCACCGUCACACCCACUGAGGAAGGGGAAUGCCAGAGCCUGGUCCAGAGCGGGCGGCAGGAGGAGACAUCCAGAUACCUGGACGGCUACUGCCCAUCUGGCAGUUCCCUCGCCUACAGUGCCUUGGACGCCAAGGGCUCAGCCUGGGACAGAUCCGACUGCCCUGAGCCCGAGGACAGCAUCUUCUUUGUGCCCCAAGACAGUAUCAUUGUUUGCUCCUACAAGCAGAACAGCCCGUAUGACAGAUACUGCUGUUACAUCAAUCAGAUCCAAGGCAGGUGGGACCACGAGACGAUAGUCUAAGCUCUGCAUACAAGGGUCACUGUAUUGAUAGAAACACCACUACUGGCAGCUCCCAACGGAAGGAAAUUGCUCUGCUCCAACAAACAGCCUUCACACUGUUAGAGAUUGACCUGGUAUGUGAUGGGUGUGCAAACUUCGGUGCCUGAGAGUGUGUAAAUAGGCAUGUUGGGGACACAUUUUAGGGAAAGGGGAAAUGAGGGUAAAGGACAGUGGAAGAGGUAGUGGGUAGGAAAGGAGGCUGUUCCAAUUGCUUCUUAACAAUGUAAACAAUGUUGAAUGCUUUGUAAAAUAGCCCCAAAAGUGCUAUUCAGCACCUGCUGAGAGUGAGCUAAGUCUAGAGUAGGCUGCAGAUGCCAGGCAUCAAAUGAUGCAGGGGCUAUCCAAAGGGAAACCGAGCUGCUUUAUGUCUGAAGAAAUUGAAAGAAAAAUUUUGAUGUUCCAUUUAAUGAAAUGAUUUUUUUCUGUUGAAAAGCUUCUCAUGCUUGGUAUUUGCUGAAAGGAAAAAAAAAAAAUCAAGAUAGCUUAGUUAAACCCCCUAGGGAUGGGAUGGUUUUUGGAGAAAGGGGAGUUAAAUACAGCUGAAUUAUAUAAUGGAGUUUUAUGUUGUUAUUAUGUGACAAGAUUAUGGUUUCAAAUAAAGCAAAAUAAUUAUGACCAGAUAUGUGACAAAUUAAUAUUUUUAAAUGUCUAUGUUACAUCUAAAACUCUUCAUUUAAAUUGACUUACUAUGUCUUCACCUGAAAUUUUUUAACAUUUACUACCAUUCAUGUAUAAUUUCC